AUGGCUCCAUCUCAACAACCAGCUCCAGCUCUAGUUCCACCUCCAACACCAACAGCUCAACCGCCCGCAUCCCCCGAAUAUCAGUCUUCUUUCUUCUCUCAGCGAUCCAGACGUCAAUUGGGCCUCUUUUUUGCAGGUGCGGGCUUCUUUGCCGUCACUACGGCCAUAACCCGGAGAUCAAUUGUUCGGCGUUACAAGGCGACUAUUCCUAAAUUCUACCAGCCAAACAAUCGACCAGGCUUCGAAGUCAAUGGCGCAAUGGAGGCAUUCGAGGCCUUGAACAUAGCUACCAUAAAUGUGCUCAGCUUUGGUAUGAUGGCUGGUGGAGGAUUACUGUGGGCAUUGGACAUAUCUUCGAUAGAUGAUAUGAGACGGAAGGUCCGGAUAAACAUGGGGGUUAAUGCUAGUCCGGAGGACAGUGAAGCUGAGAAGGAGAUCGAGGAGAUGAUUGCCUCAAUUCUGGAAAGGAAAGAGUUUAAGCACUUGCUAGGGAAGGGGAAGGAAAAGGAAAGGGAGGAAGAGAAGGAGGAAAAAGAGAAGCAAGAGACAAAGGGCGAAGCAGACCAAAGAUCAUAA